AUGUCAGCCCAACGGGCAGGCUGGCAUCCCGGACUCGCGAAGCUCUCCCAGGAAGAAGUGCUCGACAAGUAUCUGACGCUUUAUGACAAGCACGAGGAGCUGAAAAAGAUUUGCAGGGCGCAAGAGGAAAAGAACAAGCGCUUCGCCACGAAAAUAUUGAAAUUGGCGGAUGAUCGGAAACGAAGAAAUAGAUCCAGAUCGGGAACGAGAGAUGAAGCCUUUGAUUCUGAGGAAGAUAUCAGUUAUGAGUGGCGGCUGAAAUGUGAAAAGCUUGAAGACGAAAAUCGCAACCUCGCCCGAAAAGUCGAAACGCUCAAGACUCAAUACAAAGAGCUUCAGCAAUCGAAGAAGAUCCGCUCGUCAAAAGUCGAUUCUGGCCUCCCAUUUCCCUCAGGUGGCCGACCCAUGAGUGGAACAUCCCCUGCUCGUCAAGCGAAAUCAGCGACUGUAACGGCGAAUUCGAUCAGAACUGGCAUGAGGAGAGUCGAGUCAAGCCCGCAGCUGAGGAGUCUUCAGCAGCAUUUGGACGUAGCAAACCAGGAAAACGAAAAUAUGCUCGAAGCAAUAAGCCAUCUUCAGCGACAACUAGCCCAGACAGAAGCGACUAACAAAAGCCUCAACACGCAGCUUUCUCAAAAGAACGAAAUGCUCAACUUCUCUUCCGCAAAUCUCAAUACCCACCAGAAAUCGCUGAAAACCGAGAUUUCCAACAUGCGACGAAAUCUGAACAAAAGCCAAACUGAAAUUCAAACGCUCCAGUUUGAAAUCGACGCCAAAGAUUCAAAAGUAACUCUUUUGGAACAGCAGCUCAGCGCGGCGAUAGAAGCUCAAAAAGCGACGCUAGAAGAGCUUGAUGCUGUCAGACGAGACUUUUCGAGCGAAAUCGAGAGGAAUAAAAAGCUUCAAAGUGACAGAAGAGCGCUGGUUCUUCUCAAGGAAGAGCUUCAAACUGAAAAAGACACUCGCCAAGAUUUGGAAAGCGAGCGCUCUCUUCUGCGAGAUCAACUAGCAGCGAUUCGAAAAGCAGAUUCAGUCGGAAGCAACAUCGCCAAGGAGCGAGAAAAUCACUACAAAAGUCAAAUCAAAUUGCUAGAAGACUCGAUCGGCCACGAUGCUAAAACUGCUCAAAAAUUACGCCUUGAGCUUCAUCAAGAAAAACUCAUGACCCAGCGACUUGUGGCGAAACUUGAUGAACUCGAAGGAGCGCAUAGAAGCAUGCAAGAAACCUUGCUCGUUCAUGGAAAAGGAAGCGAGUUGAGAGAAGAGCCGAGGGAAUCGACUGAAGAAGCGUUUGAGCGAAUGUCAACGCUAAAAAUCGCCACGAGCAGUGCUGGAAACACGAAUCAAGAGCUCGAAGUUGCUCUCCGCCAAACUACACGGCGCGUUCGAGAGCUUGAGCAAAAGCUGAUCACUUGCCAUAGACAGAUUCAAGCGAAAGAUGAGGAACUUGUCAAGCUUCAAAAGGAAUACGACCAGACCAGACGAGCUCUCGAAGAAAUGACGGCGAAGCAGGCCAGAACUAUCGAUAAUCAAAACAGCCAAAUAGACCAACUUUCUCGAAGCCUAAGGCAAAUUGGUCUGGAAGGAACAGCGCCUCCCGUGUCAGGAUUGACAAGCUCGAAGCUUAUCGACACCGAAUUUGGUCAAGCAGUUCCUCUAGGUGAAAAUGAAAUCUCUCUGAGAUUAGAGGAGUGCGAGUUGUUUACGCAGAAUUCUUUCCAAAUUUUUGCGUGUGUUAAUUUCGGCAGAUUCAAGCCUGUGGCGACCAACGUUGUGACUGGAAUCAUGCCAAAUCUCAAGUUCAGACAUUGCUAUCAAGUCGAAGUUUCCGACGAUUUCCUCCAAUUCCUCCAAGACGGGUGCAUCUUCAUCGAGCUCCACCGCGUUCUUGGCGGGACACAAUACGAACUCAUCGGUCGAGGAAAAAUCCCCCUUCGAAAGUUUCUAAGCGCUCAGCACUUUGAUGGUUUUGUGGAGAUCAAGUCCAACGAUCCAGUCGUAGCUGUGAGCGAGAUUGCAAGUAUUCAGUACGCGGUGGCGGCGAAAAUACCCUUUGAAAAUGCGGCUACGCUUCAUUUUGAGAAAUCAACCGCGAGGGGAUUUUUGAAUGAGGAGGAAAGUGCAAGUGGAGGAUUCAAUUCUUUGACAGUGAACAUCAUCGGCGGUCGAAACUUCGACGGAAUCUUCGAAAACGAGGAACCAAGCUGUUUCUGCAUAUAUAAAUUCUUUACGUACGACGAAAUGACGACUAACGUAAUCGAAUCAUCUUCAAAUCCGCGAUUCAACUACACCGCGCGCCACCCCGUCGAAGAAAACGAAAAUCUUCAUCGCUACUUAUCCACCGGGAGAUUGACGAUUUUGGUCGUGGAUAAAAGCGAUGAUGGCGAAGAUCAAGAAGAGUACCUUGGCAAGUGCGAGAUCGUCCUUACAUCUUUGAUUCAACAAGACGAGGUUACUGAAAUUCUGACGCUCACGGACCCGCAUGGUGAUGAAAGCGGACAGUUGGAGGUCAGACUUGCCUGGGAACACUCAUACAGAGAACGCCAUGGAGCGAUGAGAGUUCCGGAAAUAAUUCCAGCAGAAGUUGAUUACACCAAUCCACUUGUUAUUUCCGACAGUCAAAAGUCAAGCCCAAGAUCAGCGACUCGAUCAAGGACCAAAUCAUCGGCUAGUCUUCUCAGCGCCUCGAUCAAGUCAAAAUCCCGCUCGGUCUCUCGCGAGGUUACUCCCUCCGCAGCAGAAAGUGAAAAGACGCCAACGCCGCCGCCGAGAACGAGUCAAUCUUCAGAUCCAUAUCCAUUCGACGAGAAGAAUAUCGAUGAUGACGAUGCAGCUUCAGUUGCUCCACCGAGCAUUCCAGAAAUUGAAAAGAUCAAGAGUCCGUCUCCUCCCGUCGAAGAAAUCGAGCCAGAGCCCACUGAACACGAAGCAACUCCUACUCCUGAAGACGAACGAGAAAAUGCGGAGGAGCAAGAGCCUGAAAAGGUUGAAGACAAAGAGCUGCGAGUUUGUUUGAAAGAGCUUCGUUGCGGAAAAGAUGCAGAAGAGACACUUCUCAAUUCAAAAGUCUUCAUCGAGUUCAGCCUCUGUGGAAAAUUAUGCGAAACGAAUCCAUCAAUCGACUAUCCCAAAGAUCCUGAAACGCCAGUCACGAUCAACCAUGAUGAAAUUAUGCCAAUAACGGAGGGAAGCGAGGAAGAAAACCAACUGAAGUUGAUGAUGAAUGGCGAGUUCGAUUCUAGAGUUACUUUCACGCUGCUGACGGAUCCUGGCGAAGACGAUGACGGAAGCGUCGAAUGCGAAGAUGUUGCCACUGCUGAGAUCGAUCUCCGAACCUUCAAAGAAAACGAAGAUCUGAAAGAUCAUCUUCUCGAAUUCACGAGCGACGGAAAAGUCCUCGGCGAGCUUCUCCUCGAUUUCUCUGCCGCCGGUGUUAUUCGUUCUUUAUCUUGA